AUGAAUUCUUCAGAAAUUGAACUACCGUAUCCAAAAAGUUCCCAUGUCACCAACCAUUGGAAGUUACUUUAUGCUUUCAAGAAAUUGAAAGCUACCAUCAUCAACCAACCUCAACUUGAGACAUCCCAAGAGAAGGAGAAACAUUGGCAAUGCUACGUGACUUUAGCUUUCAGGAGAUACAUUAUUUUCGUCAGUGGUUUGAAGUAUCUUUUCAAUAUUGUCGAGGUUGGAGAUAAUGUCUCCGAAGAGACAGCUGUAGAAGGUAAGGACAAAGAAUCGGACACACAUGAUAAGCAAGAGGAAUUCGGGGAGCUAAUGGAUAAGUUGUUGCCUCCUUUGGACGUUAUUAUGAUCUGGCAUUCUUUCAUGUUGAACCCUAAAAGUUAUUUGGGUAAUAUGACUUGCAAUCAAAUGGAUUACCUUUUAAACUAUUCUUUCCCCUUAGACAAAAUUGCAGCAUCUAUUUCCGAAUCCUCCUUCUUAUUCUCCCCAGAUCAAGAACAGAAAGGUAAUUUUAUGAUAGUAGUAGACGAAGCGAUGGAUACUUUAGGAUUGGAUGAGAAUUUCGGAUAUGACAGUUAUGAAAUAAAACCUUUGCAAGACUUAACAUUGCCGAUUUAUUGUCCAUGUGGUGAAUUAUUAGUAAGGGCUCCUCUUACCAAGCAAGGAACUGGAUUCGCUGAUAAAUCUUUCCGAAUGGAAAACGUUGAUCAAUGCCAAUGUGCUAUGGGUCCAGUAUUAACCAUGGAUAUCUUGAGAAAACGAAAGUUUCUUUAUGAUCGUGAUCUUUUUGACGUUCUCCCAACUUGUUAUAAAUACUAUGGUCCAAAAGACCUUGGAUUUAAGACAUCCACAGAUACUUUGUUUAGAGAUUCCAACAAUAGCACCAGAUGCAUCCUUAGACACCCAAUGGAAGACAAAGAAUUGAAAUUUUUCAUUCGUGAUUUAUUCAUCAAGAAAGCUUUGGCAAAGGAGGAUCUUUUGGUUCUUAGAGAUUACGUGGAACUUAAUCCAGUAUCUUUGACUGUGCCACAAACACCAUCCACUUUCCAAGUUCAUGAGGAUCUAGUGGUGGCUGUUUUGAGAAAUGAUAGAUUUGUGGAUCAGAUAACGAUGGAUGAUUUGCUGGAAAAUCCUUAUGAUACAUCCAUUAUACCCAGAGCAAUCAUUAGGUAUGAUAAUUUCUUCAGAUUGAUGAGAGAUUGGCCAGGUAUGGUCAUACCGACGUUGGAUAUUGAUUUAGUAUGGCACACACAUCUUUUGAAUUUCCCAUCCUACUCUGAAUAUUCAAAGGUUGUUGCUGGUCAGAUCAUUGGUCAUCAUGAUAAAAUCGAUGAAGAGAAGUUGGAUAAAUUAUGGGACAAAAGUUGUGAGCUAUAUAAAACAAAAUACGGCGAACAAUUGUCCUUAUGUUCAUGUCCAUAUUGCUCCAUUGAUAGAUCGCCCAAAGGAAUGUUUUCCUUUUCUCGAAUACUAUUUUCCAAGCCACCACCACCCAAAGACCCAUUCAUUGACGACCAUUUUUACCAUAUAAGUUACCAUAACGUAACAGAAUCACCCCCUCAAGAUCCUCACGAUAUAAUGAAAAAACAAUCUCAGACUAUUGAAUUUCCUUGGAGAACAUUGAAACAACCUACCGAUUAUGUCAAUGAUCCUUUUGUCAACUUUGAAGCCGAAGAUGUUGCCCUUGGAGAUUUCUAUAAAAGUUCAAGUCUUUAUGAUCUGGCCAGUGUAGUUUACUCUAAUUCUUUCCUGAGCUAUGCUUACAAGAAUGUAGAAUAUUCAGAACCAAGAAAUUUAGGCGUAUUUUAUGCUCCCUAUGGUUUUGGUGGUAAUGGAUUGGGUACAUGGAAUGAAGAAUUUUAA